CUUCCUCUGCCUGCCUGCUGCUGAAGAGCCGUAAAGUAUGCACGUAAAAGCUGUUUAAUAGCCGGACAGGUAAACAAGCGAGUAAACACCCAAUUGAGGAGUCAAAUAACCAAAAACACAGCAGAUGAAGUAGCACAAUGAAGCGGUAUUUCUCUUGCCUGAGUUGGAGAUUGAUCAAACUGCUGGUCGCUGUGUGACGGUAUAUAGCUAGCUGUAGUCGGCUGUUUAGACGUGGACAGGUAUCGACGAGGAAGCUCCGUACAGUUCAUUAAGGCUGGUUAUUGGUUAUCGUUGACUAGUUCAACACAGAAGACCACGCCUUUUAAAACGCAGCACUGUUUCUCUCCUCAAAAAAGAAUGCAAAUGGCAGUUUGGUAAACGAAUGGAAAACCAGUCCUACACGGAUAACCAUGAAGACUGAAGGCACAGACGGCACCGUCUCCUGGGUUUCAGUAUGUCCCAGUGGCCUGCUAAAGGUGGAAAGUAGAAGGACCAGGAAGACUGGGAGUGCGGACCAGAGUCCUGUAAUGGGCUCAGUCUGCAGGGUCCGGGUGUGGCAGAAAACUGAGGAUGGAUCAGGGAGCCAGGAUACCACUGGUGCAGAAGAGCAUGGCAUACUGGAUGAGUUGCACAGUGAGGUGCAGAAGUUCUCCUUCCCCCGUUCCCAGUACUCAGUGCUUCAGAUUCCGGAGAACACCUGGGUGCUGGUGCGAAUGGGCGACGGGCAGUGUGACGUUGUGGAAAGCUGUCUGGAAGGAAUGAAGGCUGGAGAGCAGUGUGAGGUGCUGGUCACUGCAUUAAAAGACGGAACCAAGCCAGGUUCCGCACUCACAAUGCAAACUGACUGCAGUGUGCUGGACCCAGUUGGCCAGGAGCACCAACCUCUCUGCUAUGUGUUGGAGUUGCAUUCUUUCACCUCUGGCCGGGAAUCGUGGGAGAUGGCACCCGAGGAAAAGUGGGACUGGGUGAAGGUCCACAAAAAAGAGGGCGGGGAGAGGUUCCGGAAGGCCGACGUGUGGGGAGCUGCAGAUUGCUACAGCCGGGCACUUAAGCUGCUUCUCACCCUGAAAGAUGAGGAGAAGGGGGAGAGGCAGGAGACACAGGCCAAAGCGGAGGGAGGAGGACUGAAGGCAGAGGAAAGUGAGGCUAGCACAGGAGGCCAAGAUGCUUCGGGAGAGCAUGACAACAAAGAAAUGAGAGCAUCUUCUGUGGGGGAUGAGUUAGAUAGGAAGUCAGACUCCUUUAUGAGCAAUGAGAAAACCACGUCAGAGAAAAUGCACAAAUCAGAAGUAAAUCUGGCGAUAGGAGAUGAAUACAAGGCGGUACGGUCAGAACUGCACUCCAACCUCUCCCUCUGCCAGCUCAGACUAGGCAAGCCAGCAAGGGCACGACACAGCAGCUCGAAAGCAGUUGAACUGGAUCCCAGCAAUGCGAAGGCCUGGUAUCGGCUUGGUCAAGCAUGCUCGCAGGUGGGGGAGCUGGGUUUGGCCCAAGGAGCUUUUAAGAAGGUGUUGGAGCUGCAGCCAAGUUCACCAUCAGCCCAGAAGGCCCUGAGAGAAGUGAAGGCGCGCGAGAAGGACCUGGACAUCAAGCUUGGUCAGAAGCUUAGUAAGAUGUUCAGCUAGGUUCUCUGCUGGGUUACCUAGGCCAGAAGAUUGGAUUUGUGUCAGGGUUUGGAUAUGGUCAUGAGAGAAUCUUAAAAGCCAGGACAGUCCAGAACAUCCCCAAGUGUAAUUCUGAUGGUUAAAAACCCUUAUGAAGAUGCCUCAGGUCUAUUCAGAUUGUGUGUGUUUUCUACUGUUUGUUCAUGCUGCUAUGAGCAGCUGUGGCUGCAGAUGCAACAUAGCCUGCCAGUACAGGACUGGGGGGGGGGGGACUGAUGGUGAGAAUAUGGUAAAUCUCGCAUUUAUUAUCUUGAGGUAAAUAUGAGAUGGAUGGAGAUGACAAUGGCUUGAAUGCUUACCUCAGUGGAGGCUGACGUCUCCAUUUUAAAGCUGCCAUUCUUCUUACCCGAUCAGGACUGUUGUGUCGUAUUUCUCAGCUGUAAUUCAGUUUGUUGAUAUCCAUCUUUAAAAUGACUAUAUGUAAACUUGUUAGUUGUAUGUUUCGUCAAUGAUAAAACUUAUGCUAAUCCAAUAAAAUGUAAAUAGUCCCUUUAUGUUUU